AUGAUCGUUGCAACACUUAUCCUGAGUGUCGCUGCAGGCUCGAUCGUCAGCGUUUCUUUCAGCCCGGAUUGUCCGGCCUUCGUCUGCUUUGCUUUCUACCUCAGCACCAGCAUCUCAGUGAUUUACUUGAUGUUGUCCAUCAUGUUCGGUGUGAAGGGCCAGAACUCGGCCUUCACAAACACGAUGAAGCUGCUGACCUACCAGGUUCGCCCAGAAAACCCGGCAGAGUACAGCCACGACUACAUGAAGCAGGCCCAGUGGGUCGAGCGAAAUGGUCUGGCUGCUCUGUUCCGCAUCCCGGGGAUCAUGCCCUCCUACAACACCGAUGCCCAGAAGGACAAGCUCAAGAGCAUCACCGAGCACAUGGAUGACUUCGCCGAGCGAGAAGGUGGAAAAGGCCUGAAAGCACGUGGCAAGAAGAAGAAGAAGAAGCAGGAACACCUCGGGAGUCCCGCACAUGAGCCGGACGACUACGAUGACGAUGAUGAUCUCGUGAACCUGGAGGAGGCGACACCUCUGGAGUCUCUGGUAAUGCGGACUUCCCACACGUGGUACCUUACGAAGUUUGCAGAGUUCAUGAGGCUGUGGCACCCGUAUGACCUUUACUCGAAGUAUGCCAUGGGUCUUGGCAUUCUCUGUCUUGGACACAGCAGCGCCUACUUCGCACUGGGAUAUCUUGCUGUGCAAGAUUAUUCGCUGAGCGAGUACGCCGCAGCGAUUGUCACGCUGGCCUUCAUUCUCAUGGUGGGACUGAUCAUCAACAGCAACUUCCGAUCCGGGAGCACUCACUUGCGUCUCCUGGUCGUUCUCACCGUCUCUCUUGCACCAGGCUGCUCAACUGUUGCAGCGGUGACAACCAGCGAGGUUGCCCAGCAGAUCCUGGUGCCGUCUGCCUUCGCAGCUCACUUCCUGUUCUGGAUGUUGGUCUACAUCUUCGCUUUGCGCGUGCAGGAAUCGGACAUUCACUUCCACCGACCUGGCGAGGGCUUCUGGGGAUCACACCAUGGCUCCCCGGAGGCCCAUCCGGACUGGACAGCGACAGAAUCGGCGACAGACCUGGAAAGGGGGUCCGCACAGUCGCUGCGCCGCAGUGCGCAGCACUGUGCUGAUCCUUCGAUGCAGGUAGCAGGCCGUGCUGCGCCCACAAGACGGCGCCAAAGUUGCCACCCCGUCUGGCGGCUCGUCUCCCUUUGCGGUGACGUGGCAAGGCUGGAUGAUGAGGACUUUUCCACGGAAGAAAGGAGAAGAGGCCGGCUGAAACGCAAGAAAACUUCGUUGCCGGAAGGGUCGUACGACCAUGCACACGACCUUUCUGGCUGGCCGACAGAUGAAGAUGAGUUCACCUGGCGAGCUGAGCACACACGCUCUCAGAUCAGGAGCACCGCUCACUCCACCAUCUUAGCGAGCGCCCUCUUGUGGCUGGCGAUGCUCGUUUGGGCCAUCCUGACGUAUUGGCUGGCAAAGCCGGUGAGCCAGUGGCAGUACGCCGUGGUGUCAGAGGAGCAGCCCGAAGUAGCAUGGCCCAGCCCUCUUUUCAGGCCAACUCUACUGGCCUGUGCCGGCGGCAUGACUGCUGUCUCUGACGGGUUUCGGAUCUACUCGCUUAGCCUCCGCGGAGGUCGAGCACGACACGUACCCUGCCCCGGCUUGACGGGAAGCAUCCGGGAUCUGAGCAUUGCAUGUGAUCGCGAGAUGGAGGGCUUUGUGGUGCCACGAGCGCCCAGCACGCUGCAGACCCGACGAUUGGGGCCCCAACCCCGUAUUGCGGCAGUCGCAGCACCAGUUGCCGAGCCCAGCAAAGCUGCAGUCGGCAGCGACAGAUUCACCCUCGGGCUUUGCGCGGUUUCGAUACCCCUGCUCCUCCGGCGGCGCGCACGUGCCCAGCACAGAUGCGCAGCACGGGCGACGCGGGCCGUCGAAGUAGCGGUCACCGAUCGAGGUGCUAACUUCGCAGAAAGCAGGGCCUCGGAAGCUGCCCACCACCAGAGUGAGGUCAACGAGGAGUCUGCGGUGGUUGACCAAAGCCGCCUUGGCGUCCGCAAUCCGAAAUUUGUAAGCAGGGCUGAGCGGGCACCUUGGGGUCCUUUGCCCUAUGCGGUUGCAACGGAGGAGAUGCUCGCCGAGCCGCAAGUGGAGUUGAUUGUGGUCGCAUGCGUGCUUCUAUCCUCUCUGCUCGUCGCACUGGAGACGCUUCCCGUCCUUAGCCAGCCAGGCUGGCAAGACGUGGCGAAUUGGCUGGCUGGCCUGGAGAACGGGAUCUGCGCCGUGUUCAUGAUCGAAUUCGCCUUGCGAUGGUAUUCGCGCUCACUGCGCCCGACCUACAUUCUGAAGCCGUUGGUGAUCAUUGACAUCCUCGCCUUCCUCCCUUUGUUGCUGCGGCUCAUGGGCAUCACGGAAUCAGGCGCUGCCGGGCCUUGUGCAAGCAGAGGACAAGAGAGAGGCGACGAAGGAGAGCCAGACAGAGCCUGA